AUGGUUAUAAUACAAGUAAAAAGUAAGAAAAUCGAAGUCGGAUAUCUUGAGAUGGGACGUCCUGAUUCUUCCCUUAAUAAGCAAAUACAAGAUCACAAAAAAUUGAACCGUCUUUCGAAGGACUCUAUAGAUGAGGCAAGACUGUCUAAAAAUGAAAGAGUCUUCAAACAUUUUGCAGUAAAAGAUAUGCUAACAAAUUUUACUAUUAAUGUUGCAGGUGAUGCAAUGGAAAUUCGUAGCAUGUAUAAAGAAGCUGGACUUUAUAGAAAUUGCUUGCUUGGACGAGCCAAAAUUCGCUUAGAUAUAUCAUCCAUAAAACCAGAAGAUGUUUACCACCUUAUACACACGAUAUUGACUUUUAGAACUGCCAUCGCAUGUACUGUGCAUAAGUUAUCUUAUAAUACCGAUGAUACUGAAGAAACGGCAAUGUCACAAAUUUCAACAUUGUCAACUAUUACUUCACCACCAAGUUCACAUCUACCAAUAAUCGAACCAAAAUUUACAAAAGAGGAAAUUGAAAAUUUAUUAAAGGAAGCUGAAGAAUCUAAACAUAUAGGAAAUGAGCAUUUCUUUAAAGGUAAUUUUGAAGAGGCAAUAAGAUAUUACCAAAAGUCCGUAGAUACGUGCCCAGUAGAGUUGGGAGAACAAAGAGCCAUUUAUUGGGGAAAUCUUUCAGCUUGUUAUUUUAAAUUGCAAAAUUAUAAUGAUUCUGUAGAAAUGUGCACAAAAGCAUUAGAAGUCUCACCUGAUUAUACAAAAGUAUUAUUUCAUUAUGAAGCUUUAAAUAAAAAUUCCAUUCACCAUACAAAAUUAACAUCACAAAAUCAUAAACAAAUACAAACUUCUAUAAGAAAUUUACCAGCAAGAAUUGAAGAAUCAAAAGAGAAAGAGAAAGCAGAAAUGAUUAGUAAAUUUAAAAAUUUAGCAAAUAGUUUUUUGGGUAAAGUUAAUUUAUCAACUGAUAACUUUCAACUUGAUAAGGAUGAGAAUACUGGUAAUUAUAGUAUACAAUUUCGUAAACAUGAUGAUGUUGACACAGUUGAUAAAUCAUCAAUAAAAAUGGACGAAUCAAAAAAGAAAUCUAAUAAAAAAAAAUCAAAAAAAUCAAGCAACAAUCCUUCCAAAAAAUCAUUCACAAUAAGUAUCGCACUUCCUGGUUCAAUAAUAGACAAUGCUCAAACUCCAGAACUUAAAUCAUAUUUGGCUGUGGUGAUUUUCAAUGAAGGUUUAAAUCUAAUCAAUUCUGAUCCAAACGAGUCUCCAAAUAUAUUUUUAGCUAGAAUAUUACAAUACUUGGAAACACCUCAGUAUUUACGUAAAGAUUUGUUUCCGGUCCAUAAAGAUCUUAAAUAUGCAGGCUUAUUGAAUCCAUUGGAUUGUCCACAUCAUGUUCGUCAAGAAGAAAAGAGUCAAUAUCGUGAAGGUGUGGUCAUUGACACGAAACCAAAAGGAAUGGAAGGAGCUUUAGUCAAUGCAGGACUUAAAAAGAACGUGCUUAUUGAUCAACUAAUCAAUCCUGGAGUACGAGUAACAUUAGAUAUGGGAGAUUAUACAGAUGGUUAUGAUAUUUCAAUAGGAACUUCUGAACAUAAAGAUAAAGAUCUUGAAUGUGCUGGUGAAGAAGCAGAUGCUUUAUUUGAUUUAUGGAUUAAUACAUGCCCAAAUCAAGGAAGUCGUACUAUACGUACUGAGGUACUUUAA